CGCUAACUCACGGCUUUUGUAUAUAUUGCCGGUCUGUACGGUACAUGCAUGCAAUCACUGCUCAUACCGUGUGGAAGAUAUUGUCAAGAAAUAUAUGUCGCCUUAUGAUCGGUUUGUACAACUUUAAAUAUACAUGUAUACAGUUAAUAUAUCUAGAUGUAAUUUUCAGACACCAGUGCCAAAUAGUAAUAAAAUGUUGUCAUGUUACUGAAUUGCAUGAUUAUUUGAUAGUUAUGUUUCAUUUAUAAUAUUUCAUUGUUACGAAGUGAUUAUUUGAUAGUUAUGUUUUAUUUAUAAAUAGUUUAUUGAGUAUUUAUAAUUAAGUAAUUACUCUCUAAUAACAUUUCAUUUGUCAACUAUGUAUGUUAUGUAAAGAGAAGUGCGGUUGUCAAUUUUACGAUUAAGAUGAAAAAAUAACAUGCAGUGUAUAAGAAAUCCUUUGAUCUGAUUAAUCAAUUACUGUUAAAGCGUUUUAUAAACGAACAGUUGUAUUUCAUGCCAUGGUGAUAAAACCGGCAUGCGCACCACGUCGAUUACGGCAUUGGUGAAUGGUGUGCGUUAUAUUUAGUGGGUGGCAAACGUUCGUACCAGUCUCAGUUGCGCUUUUAGGAAGUGUCCAACAGUAAGCUGUUUUUAUUAGGGAUGCAGAAGAGGGAGGGCUCAAAGGAGCUAAGGUGCCGAGCAACCUGAUACUCAGGGUUUUCACUUUCGCUACCCCCCGAAACCUUGGGUGCUGAGCCCCUUUGUUGGGAGCUCAGGGUGCUGAGCCCUCCCCCCCCCCCUCCUUGUUAAUUAAGAAUUUCAUAUUUAUUUGGGAAGGUGACCUCCCAUUUUCUUAGCAGAUUGCAUAAUCAUAAUCUGGAAAGUUCUUUGCAACUGUAGGGUUGAAUGAUGCGGUAAUGAUUUAAUAUAACCUGUGUUUCAUUAUAUACUAUAUGAUCCGACCAUUAGAUAAUUUAUGUGGCUCCGACAUGAGAUAGCUUCGGUAUAUAAAAAAGCCACUAAAUUGAAGAAUUGCUAGAACCAAAAACAAUAUUGAAACAUUCCAUGUUUAUCAUGUUGCACCCUCCACGCCUUUAAAUUGUGACCCCACCCCGCUUUGAGAGCCACUCUUGUUAAUAUAAAGAAAAAGUUUUCUCUAUGUUUCUCAGGUGGCUACGCAAUAUUAUAACAUGAGCGACCGUAUUGUAUCAGUCUAUCGGCUCGAGUUUGUAUGUCUGAUUACUCUGAUACACGGACGUGAGGAUUUCAAGAGUUCAACGUAAGAAUUUCAAAAUUAUCGUCGAUUUUAGCUGAGAAAGUCGACGACAAAGCUAGACAAAGUUUAUGCAAAUCUGGAGAAUUUUGUAUAUAUUUCAUGAUUAAUGAGUUUUACAAGACCAUAUACAGUAUAAGUGAAACAUAUAAUCUUUCGUUGGGCCAUUUCGAUCAUGAUUCAUUUCAUUGUCUAUAAAUAAUAGAUUAUCACCACCACGCACAACAUAGCGGCAUAUUUUCUCUCUAAUCCUGUAAUUAACCCCCUCCAAAUCUCCCAUGAACAGUACUACGCCUAAGCAUGGGAUGGACUUUUUCUAAAAUAAUAUCUAAACACAUCAGUUUUCAGAAUAUUUUCCUCCGUAUAGCCCUAGCUUAACUUCCGUUGUUCAGAACAAUAAUAUCCAAAAAUAAUGGCCUAAGUGUUCCUUGGCCCAUUCUUAAUCCGACUCAAGCCAAGGUGAGAACGUGUCAGUGCUAUUCCAAUUUGUCCGCGUUCUUCCUGAAAAAGGAAACUUGGAUUAUACCUACGGCUUUAAUUAUAUUAGUUUCACCAAGAAUUUUUAUAUGCACUUUUACUAUAAUUUCGAAUUUCAAAUAUAAUAUUGUACACUGGAUAUACAGUAUAUUGUUUCGAAACAGCAUGGGGCCAUUGCACAUGAUCGAUUAGUAAUGACAAUUUUUUGCGCGCAUUUACAGACGAUAAAAUAAUCCUGAACGUGACUUCUGUGAUAAGACCUACAUGUAUUUGUAUGCUUAUAUAUGAACGUAUAAACAGGCAAGUUUUAUCGUUAUCAUUAUCUUUUUUGUCCAGUAUUUAUUAUAAUAGGUGGGUGAUAAUAAUGAUAUAUUGAUGGAAACGAUUCUGUCAUUGCAUUUAGAAAUUAUAUUCAAGUCCUUCCGGUGUACUUGAAUAAUUGAAAUGACUUCAGACAGAUUCUGACGUCGCAGUUGCCUCCUGCGGGAUAUAUAACUGCGCAUUUACACAAAUAAUAAAGUUUGUUUAUUCAACAAGACUGGGUUAUAUUGGUUCUGUCUAUAUUUCCAAGGUACCUGGUGUGAAUGAUAGAGAUGAACAUCGGCUUGAUUCUACGUAUUUUUCCUGUUCUCCUCCUGGCAUACUUUGCGUCAUGCCGAAGAACACGGCAGAUCAACGAAGCCUCGAACGAAGGUCGCAAUUCAACGGUAUGUACGACAUAGUACUUGAUAUAUUAUCACAGCUAGGAAAAGAUAGUUUAAUGGAGUUCGGGCAACAGACAUUAUUCCCAUAGAUGUGAAAUAUUUGCAUGCGCCUUGUGGGUUUAUUUUUGUUGGAACUUUCUCACGGGCCAAGGCUAACAAACAUUGCUUCAAUUGUUCAAUUUAUUUUUGACAACCAUAUAAAGAAUUUUUAUGAAGAACAGACACAAUGCAUUCAUCUUAUUCACUGGUAAUUACAACCCGCUGAUUCUGCCCCCUUUCUAUUCCAUCUUAUAAUUGAAACUUCAACUUGUCGAGUUAUCGCGCACGACUUCAUUCGGCUUGUUAGAUAUAUGGCGCAAUGGCGGACACGUGCGUGAUGUCCGUGCGCUGUUUGAGUGCAGUGUAUAUGUUCUUACGACUCUAAUUGAUACUGGAACAAGGCACAUUACGUAAAACAAGGUACAUUACGUAAAACAAGGCACAUUACGUAAAACACAGACAUUAGAUCUGUUUAAACUAAGGACGAGAUAAACAAAUCUGUCAAUUCUGUUUCAAGACACAAUGACAGAUUAUAGCUACUUGACUAUUGCAUUGUACAAUUAUUUACGAAAACUCAAGGAUUCUAUUUACAAGCAUGACAUUGAUAAUUUUACCCCCAUCUUAGGCUUUUCCGUGAACUUGAAGCUUGUAAAAAAUACCCACGUCGGAAGGAUAAAUAAAUAAAAAUCGCAAAAAAUAUGUAGUACGUUUUGCCAUCUAUCAUUGAGAAUUAGCUGCAAAAGGUGUAAAAAGCAGAAAAGGAAAACAUCAUCUUUCAUUUUUUCUCUGGUUGUGUGACAUGUCUGUCAUCACUAGUUCAUAAAUAUGAUCACCAUUUCGGGUCAUGACCUCUAUGUCGAGCUCUAUGUCGGAAAAUUUUAGAGAAACAAAACGCAAAAGUGGGCUUUAGAGCUGAUCCACCACAUGCAAGCAGCGAGUUUCCUGCGUUUGUAACUUACUACGUAUGUGUAAAGCAUAAUUUUAGUUAAAUUUAAGAAUUGUUACAUCUUUCACAGCAUGAAGCAGAGGAAAUACAUAUCAUAUUUUUAUAGCACUCCAGCAUCGAUGUUUAUUCACUUAUUUGACUCCUGUCUCCUGCUAUACAUAUCGUGAACAUCAUAACAAAUUAAACACCUGGAUUUUUUUCGAUAGUCAAUAAAAUCUCUGCUCUUUUUGUACUAAUAUCUUGAAUGUCAUCAAAAUUGUUAGACUUGUUAAUGUCGGUAGGAAUAAACAAUAUUCAUCAGCCUGGUUGCAGGAUUUUUUGUACCAUGAAAUACUGUAUAGGUGAUCAAUUGUAGUAAACAAAUCGCAAAACUAGCAUGUAGAUCAGUCCUGUGUCUAUUCAGUUAGACGGUAAAUUGGAAAGUUCGGUUCUCUUCAAUGUUGGGGUCCUGGCUCACUGGCUGCAUGGUCUGAUUGUAUUAAACGAUAACGUUUUAGAAAAGGACAUGAGGAAAAAUCAUAUAUGAGGAAUUUCUUAUAGAUUGUGUUGGGAAAAAUAGGCAUGCAUAUGUUAUUAUAAUAUAUUUAACGGCUGGUUAUUUGUGCAGUUUGCAGGUUAAGUGCAGGUUAAUGCUAUAUAAAUGAAGAUUGAAUUUCGCUAUUUUCAUGUUGUUUAAAAGGCAAUAAAACCCUAACCCUAAUCAAACUGCAAAAACGUCAAUAGUUUGGAAACAAACUAACAUGCAGAAAUGCACCAAUCAAUAAAAGAACGGAGUAAAAUUUAACUCAAGGUUAGCGCUAAUCAGUAAUCAAGCUUUGACGUCUUUGAACAACCGACCCCAGAAUAAUAAAACAUCUGUGGCUUUAUAUUUUAAGAACUUUAUUUUUACGAUAUAACCCACACAUUAAGGGCGUAGGGGCCUAGCCCUCCCCCCCCCCCAAGUUUUCAGAAGACACAAAAAGUGCCCUUUGUCUUCGUGAAAAAUGUUGUUCAGAAAAUUACCUGCAAUUGUUGAGAAAAGUGCCCUUCAAUAAACAAAUGUCCAUGAAAUAAAUAGAUUUAACUUUUGGUUGAUUUUUUUGAAAGAUGUGGUCAAAAUUCGAAAUUUGGGCAAUCCCCCCCCGGGAAAUUUUUUAGGUGCCUUUUCAUUAUCCAAAAGUGCCCCUCGAAGCUGGUGCCCCCCAACGUUUUGAUGCUUCCUACGCCCCUGCACAUUACAUAUAUACUACUAUUUGGUAGCAACCAAAGGAGGCGUGCUCUACAGACUGCACAUCAGGUAUUAUUCAGGCAAUGCUAGAUAUUAUGGACUGUGUUAAUUAUGUUGCAUGUGCAUGCAGUACAUGCAUGGCUAUAUAUGUACAUUAGUGAUUAGUCUCGAAUUUGUCUACAUCAACAGAUUGUUUUACAGAAUUCUUAUAUCACGCACGCGGAUUUGUAAUAUACUCAUAGAGUGUAGUAUCUCAAUGGUCAGUUAUGUAAACACCAUAAAAAUGUAAUAGACAAGGCAGUGUAAUUAGACGGCACUAUUGAAUAACUCCAUGGUAAAAUCAACAGUGCCAAAUAUAAGUGGCUGUCACCCACCAGUUUUUAUCACCCACCAUCGACUGGAUAAUAUAUUGCAAAAUGAUGAACACAGCAACUGUUAAUCUGUUCUUGCACUGGAACGUAAUUAAUAAUUAGCCUUUCUCACGGUCGAUUUUCCCGCCAUUUUUUGGGGUACUGCCUUACUCCCACGUUUGAGAGUCACCGCACCAAGAAAUUCAACUUUUUAGUACUGUAGUUGUUUGUAUAAUGGUAAAUUUACAGUUACAACUUUUAAAAGUCGCUUUUCAUGUUGUUUGAAUUGUCUAGAAUCUUUCACGAGGGCAGACAGUACCCCCAAAAUGGCGGAUUUUGGCCUUCGUCACAAUGCAACGCACAACUAUAAUAUUAAUAAUGAGUAGUAAUUAUUUGUGACGUCAAAGACGCAAUGUUGCCUCAUUAGUCAGCUGACAAUGUUUAUAUUUGAAGACAAGGGGAAAUGGCUAAUGGCAAUUAAGAUGGGAUUCCAAAUUCAUUCAGUCGCCAUUAUUUGUGCCACCCUUGUCACCUGAGAACGACAAUGUAACUAUUUCUGCUCUUCACCAAUCUCGUCUUGAACGAGGAUGUGCUUCUUCUGAUUUUUCAGAUACUUAUUUUAGUGAUUUUGUAGAGAAGAUAGAAUAAGCGUUGCCGUCUGAAAACUGAACAUACUCAAAUAUGCGAUGAAUCCAUAUACGUAUAAAAAUCAUUCACUAAUAAUUUUACAUGUCUUCGUAAAAAGCUUUGCUCCUGUUUUUCACUUCAUCAGUAUCGUACCGGAACGUAUAGCAUAUGUCUUUGCGUACGUAUACUCCGCCAGAACUGUUACAAUACGGUUGAAGUGGAAUAGUGGAUAACACGCUUUAUUGCAAUGUUGAACGGUUUGUGCCAGUAUAUCGGAUAGGGAUGCAAUUACCUGAAAAAUACAAGGAAAACUUCGACGUUUCGAGCAAAGACUCUUCGUCGUUAGUACUAACUAGAGAGUUUGAGCAAGACAACGAAGUACGAAGACGAAGGCGUACUUGACAAUAUCCCCGUCUGCACAUUAUCUUGCGCAUACUGAGUUGCGCUGUUUAUGAAUACUGACCCUGAUUCUUGGCCUGACCCAGAAAAAACAGCGAGACAUGAAACUAUAUUCCGUCUUCGUUCUUCUACCUUCGUGCAUUACGAAGUUCACGUCGAAUUUUGCCAAAAUGUUCAUUGUGAACGAAGGCAGAAGAACGAAAACGGGAUAUGGACUCAUGUCUCGCUGUUUUGUCCUGAUGAGGGUAAGGAUUUGGGUCAGCAGCAUUCUUAAACAGCUAGGCAUGAAUCUCUAAUCUGUCUUCACCCCUGACUCUAAACUCAGAAUGCGCAAGACAGGCAAAAAUUGUCAACUACGUUGUCGUCGUCCGACUUCGUUCUCUCGCUCAAACUCUCUAACUUACCGACGAAGGACCUUCUUCGGAACGUCGAAGUUCUCCUUGUAUUUUUCAGUUUAUUUUGUUCUGUUUCUCGAACGACAGCUAGCCCGAAUUCCACAUGUUAUCACAUACUUCGAAACAUUUUUGCCUCUUGCUAUUUUAUCUCAAUUGAAAUGUUUCUCGCACAUGCGUCAACGCUAAUUAGAGUAUCAGUAACGUUAUUGAAAUUUUAUAAUUUAAUUACAUUUUCUAUUUCCAUCCCACUAUACUAAAACAAUUAUCUAUAUUACCUAAAUGAACACAAACAAUACCGUAACAAGGCACACACAAAUUAUAGUGAAUUAUGAAAUGGGAGAACUCUGUAAACACUUUCCUCACAAACAUUUUUUCUGCGAGAGUGCAAACGCGUUUUUCAGACGUUUUUUGUGCCAACAACCUAUAAAGCCUGGUUCCCAUUUAGUCGUGCCAGUCGGUACAUAUCAAGGCAGCCGGCUGAUAGUGUUAUUAUCUUGUAAAAGUGUCGAUAUAUCUCUACUUUUCUCUACGUGUACAAUUAGCAAAAACAAAAUAUAUCCGAGAAAGGGUACCCACCGAGUUAGGAUAUCGAGUUGCCAUUCGAGUUAGGGUUCGAUUCAGAUCGCCUUUUUGCAUUAUGUUUUUUUGUACACCAUUUGUGAUCUCGGCAUCGCCGCACUUGGUGACGACAACCAAAUCAAAUGGAAACCAGAUUUAAUUAAAAAUAUCAUAUGUUACAAGAAUUAGCGCCAACUCAUAUGAUCGUUCCCAGGUUUUCCCUCUUGCUGUACAUGCAGUCAACGCUCUACAGAAAUUCUCCAGUACUUCCACAGAGUGGGCGCAGGUGAGAUACUGGGAAAGAGGUUGCUCCGCAGGAUCAGAGUCGUAGAUGGUUGCAAGAUCGGUGGCUUCAAAAACCUUCCACUCGAUCAAGUAGUAGGUGUAGAUGGCUUCGGAAACCUUCGACUCGAUCAAGUAGUAGGUGGCGUCAAUAACCUUCGACUCGAUCAAGUAGUGGGUGUAGGUGGCUUCGGAAACCUUCGACUCGAUCAAGUAGUAGGUGGCUUCAAUAACCUUCGACUCGAUCAAGUAGUAGGUGUAGGUGGCUUCGGAAACCUUCGACUCGAUCAAGUAGUAGGUGGCGUCGGAAGCCUUCGACUCGAUCAAGUACAGUGGCGGAAAUUCACUUUUUCCGGUGGGGGGGGGGGGGCAAAGCCUCCUAAAUUUCCGACAAAACUUUCAAAUUUCCGACAUACCCCCCCCCAUUUGCACUCGAAAAAAAGACUGUUUUUAGCCCUCUUUUAGGUCAAAAUUUCCGAAAAUUCGUCAAUUUUCCGUGAAGGUGGGGGGACUACUCAAGUAGAACUGCGUCCUUCGAUAUUCUGUUCAUAUGACCUCCCUUACCUAGGCGUUAUAAUUACAAAACUUGUACAUCUCAGUCAUGCAAACACAAUUACUUAUUCAAUAAAACUGUAGGUUAAAAAGUGUUAAAUUAAACGGAAAAAACUGAAAUGCGGUUUAUUACAUUCUCCUGACUCUUCCACACUUCCUCAAAAUAAGAACACGCAGGCACAAGUUUGAUGGCGGCCGACGGAAGCGGAAAAUGUGCCCAAUUUUUAAGUAGGAUCGGUCCCGCCAAUACCCCCACCUGACCUCCCUGCGUCUAUGUCUGGACUUUUUCCAGGGGGUCGUGUCCUCGGAACAUCCUAGAUAUUCAGCUAUAUAUUCAUGAUUCAUGCCACUCUCCUUGUUGAAAUGCGCAGUUCUAAACUUUCCUUGGAUGACCCCUGUGAAGAAUUUCAAAACAAACCUAUUUCAACUUAUAUCCUUACCCUCUAUAAUCUGUUGAACUAUAAAUGGGUAAAAAAGAAUGUCAAAUGUUACAUGAAAACAUUCCAAGAGCAAUCACUAGCAAUGAUAGGAUGAAAUAGUUUGUAUAUGGCUAAUCCAUUACCAAGUGUUGACUGCCGUAGCCCAUAUAUACAGUAUAUAUAGCCAGAAACAAAUAAAUCUUUUCCAUUUGGUUGACUUGAUGACAUGUGAAUUAUUUUCUGAUAUUGUUAAAUUCUUGACAUAUUUAGAUGUGGUUAGAAGAAUUUUCUCGAUAUAAUGUAUGGUAAUGUUCAAUCAAGCUGUUUAACAAUUUAGAAAAUUAACAAUUGAUGGUGAUCAAUUGGUUUAGCUGACAGCACGAGGUGAAAGGUCCAUUCGCAGUUUUUACUGCGGUGAUUUUAUCAUUUUAAUAUGUCAGCAAGUGACGUCUUAUAAACCUCAAACCGCAAACUUAGUCGUAAAUACAUAAAUUAAACACAAAAACAGUGACAGCAAACAAGCCAAACAAGGUAUAUUUCGGACCAAAAACAUGCAGAUUAAAUUGUAUGUAAAGGCACCAUGUUGAAUAAAUGCCUACAUUAUCUUUAAAAAGUUGUGUGAAUUCAUCAGAUAACAUUUGCGUGUAAAGUCAUCUUUGGAGAAACAUAACUGGAGUGUCGUUCUGCCUGUAAAAUAUUAAAUCAGAAGAGAAAAUGGUCACAAACAAUGACGUAAACAUCUAAACUGUUAACUUAAUAUGUCUUUCGAUAAUGUUAGGUCCAUUUGCAGUUUUUAUUGCGAUGAUUUUAUCAUGCUCGAUAUGUCAGCAAGCGAUUUCUUGUAAACCUCAACUCCAAACUUAGCUAUAAAUACAUAAAUUAAACACAAAAACAGUGACAGUUAACAUGCAGUGCAGAAUAAUUUCACAAACAACAUCUUCCAUGUUAACAAUAAACUAUUAAUUUUAUGUUCUAAUCAAGCAAUUGCAAAUUAAGCUUUUUAAUCCUGAUUUACCGAAUUACCAUUUUAAUCUCGUUUUACCCACAUUUCUGCAUUUUAGUCUGAGAUCCGCAUUUUGUUUAUCAUUUAUUUUAUUUAUGUUAUCAGCUUUAUUGGACACAAAAUUACAGAUUACAAUGUAUGCGCCCAAUGGGAGCUAGUGCAAACGGGGAAACCAGACCCAUGCAAGGCACAACCUCUAAAUAAAAUUAUAACUAGAUUAUAAAAAGAAAAAAAAGACUAUUUACCCUUUCAUCCGCGUUUUGUCAUUUCAUCCGCGUUUUGUCAAUUAUCCGCGCUUUAACCUUUCAUCCGCGUUUUACCCUCACAUCCGCGUUUUACUAUCUCAUCCGCGUUUUACUAUUUAAUCCGCGUUUUACCUUCUACAGUAUCCGCGUUUUACGCUUCCAUCAGCUCGCCUUUUACCCCAACAGCUUUAAUAUCCUGGGAGGAUUAGGAUGUAACACCUCACCCUUUGCUUAUUUCCCUUUCCUAUGUAUUUGUCUCAGACUGUAUUAAUAGGAAAUGAAUUUGGGAUACAUCAAAACGAUCUGACAGUAAGUUGUUAAAUAUCUACGCCACCCUGUGUCUCAGCAAAGAACUCCUAAUAUGGUGCAUAGAAAAAUUCAAAAUUUCAUUUAGUUGUUAAAUAGUGCUUAAAAAAUCUCUCAACGAUGGCAUUGAUUUAUUUGACUCAUUAGGAAGCAAUUAAUACAUGAUGGUGCAGUGAAAAUGUAGAAACUACAUACGGUUGAAAACUCGCAUGUUAGACUGUAGCAAUAACAGCUGAUAAAUUAUUGGCAACAAUGUAGUAUUCCUCGCUAUUUGCCUUUCAAUCCAGAAAGCUGCCUGGCUUAAUUACUAACUAGUUCUUUCUAGGAGGUGGCAUGGUGAUCGCAGUGUGCAUUAUACAAUUGUUUUGCAAAGUCACCUGACGAAAAGCCUAAUCUUGUUCUGUGUAGUAUAUUUUUUCACAAGCUUCCCAUUGUCUGGCAUUGACUUAAAAAUUUAACACAUCUGUUGUCUGGUAUUUCUAAAUUUUGCUAUCAACAAAUAAGCUUAACGUGCAUUUAACCGGGUGGUAAAGCUUUGUGGUGGUCUGAAAGUCUGAGACGAGCACACGAUGCCAUUCAAAUCUCAUUAUCUCUAUCUUAUUCUUUCAACGUAUUCUCUCAGAAGGAGUACUAGUGUCUAUCCUGAUGGGUAGUAUGGGUCUUGGGUGUAUACAGCUAUUUCGAUUAAGGUUGUCAAUGACAACCUUAAUCGAAAUAGCUGUAUACACCCAAGACCCAUACUACCCAUCAGGAUAGACACAAUUGACUAGUGUGACAACUUGUCAUACUAGUCAAUUGUAGGUUAGGAUUAGCAUUAGAAUUUACCUUAACGUAGUUAGAUUUAAGAUCAGGAGUAGGUCUAGCAUCUGGUUUAGCAUUAGGGUUAGGGUUGACAUCAGUAUAAAUCCUAUAAAGUAAAAUGAAUUCCUCAAAUCUACCAUGCUACAUAAUUGAGCGCCUUAGAAAAAUAGAUCGAGGUAGGUAAAGCUGUUUUUGAUUUACCUUAUAUUCUGUUAUUUGUUGUGAUUUUGGAGCAGUUGUGCUCACAAUUAUUAUUUAUCAGGGGUUUUAAUAAUAUUUAUAGAUCGUGAAAGGCCGCGCGUACUGAUAAUAUUGUGUGCAAAACUUCAAAACUACUGUACAUUUUGUAAAUAACAUGAAAUAUAUUAAAAAUAUCAAACAAAAUUCUCAUUAAUACUAUUGAAAUUUAAUACAACGAAAUAGCAUUCUACUUUAAUAAUUUAGUAAAUAUAUAAUAGUUUAAUAAUUAUUUUCAAUCUGUUAUAAUAAUUCACCGUUUCCACGGGUUUUUAUACCUUCAAAAAGCUACAAUAAAGCUAAAUUUGUAGGAAAUAACAUUAUUUAGUUAUAAAAUAAACAGUCAAUCGUUUUCGAUAAAACCUUGACCUUGUUAUUACCGGCUUGCAACUAACGAUGAACGGUCGCUCAUAAAAAACAUUGCCUAUUCUCGUGAGAAUCUUAAGUUUUCUUAUUCUGACAUAAUAGAUAUUUUUCAACAAUUAUAUAUUGAUAUUAAACUUAUUGAAUUAAUAUUUUAAGUUUCAGGCCAGUUGUACUAAAAGUUAUAAACUUAUAAGCGCUAGCGCUCGCAUCAUAAGGUUUCAUGGUUUUGAUGGCAUGCAACAUGUACGCGCUGCGUACCUAUUUUUCUACAUUUCUAUAGCGCAAAUUUACACGUGCAUGGUAUGAUCGAAUGCGCUUUACCUUUACAUCAAGUAUUAUUUACAAACUUAGCCUAGACUAUUUUAUCUUUACAACAAUUGUUAUACGAUAUUACUGUGUUUAUCCUAAUCCACCCUUUCAACUUUCCCUGCGGGAGGAAACCGGAACACCAGGAGAAAACCCACAACUUUCGGCAGAGCGUUGAUUGACUUUUUCCACACGUGUCCACAGCGAGAAUCGAACCCACGACCUCAGAGGUGAAAGGCUCUUGCUCUGACGACUGCCCCACAAUAAUAGAAUAUCAUAUCACGUUCAAUAAUGAGGCUCUCUCAGAGGUUUCACGGAAGACUGGGGAACAAGGCAUAUUUUGCAGUGGGAACACGAGAAUAAAGCCAAAAAGUCAUAUAGAAAACAAGGGAACGCGUAAGCUUGGGGUGCAAGGGAACAUGGUAAAAUGUUUGUUGAAAAACAGGAAACAAAGUGAACACAGAACCCUCCACCCCUCCUUGGGAGUUGGGAGACCCUUAAUCACUUUCAUCAAUUAUUCAUUUCUCCCUCCCCAUACAUCAAUUUUGCAACAUUUCGCCUCGCCUUUGUGUACGUUAUCACCUAUUAUUUGGUCAACGAAAGUCGAAAACGUGCAUGAGUGAUUCACAUCACAUGAAAAUGCUCGUCGGAAAAACUCGAUAUUUGUCGCAUUUUAUACGAAUCUGCCACGUGAUUUACCACCACCGCGGUACGCUCACGACGACACGAAAUUUAGGCAGCGUUUACACUGUACCGUUUUCGUAGCGUUCUCGUAUUAUUCUUAAUCCUCAAGGGAACGCCAGACAAGUCUAGUUCUCUCGAACAAUACGAGAACGCUACGAAAACGGUACAGUGUAAACGCUGCCUUAGAGCUAUAUAAAAGUUGCAUGCCAUAUAUGGCAUGCAACAAAAAUUAAGCAGAAUAAAUUAAGAUAGUCGGGAACGAAAGUGUGAUAUAAGAUGAAGGAUAGGAGUGAAAGGAUAAGGGCAACAAAGAAAAGAACGAUAUACAGAGAGGGAAAGCAUGCAAUGAGAGGACGUCGAAGAUUGUGGAUCAUGGAUGUACAAGAGUAUAUGCAGUGCUUAUGUUAGGAAUAAUUUUAAUCUAGUUCAAAUCAAUAUCAGUAAAAUUCAUGUCAUUCGAAUAUAUUCUAUACACGCCCGGAUUAAAAGAAAUGAUUUAAUUUGUUUUAGGUGCCAAAUGAAGUUGGCCGUGAAGUCGGAAAUUCUGGUAAGUGUUAAUUUUUUGUUUGAAGCACAGCAGAAAAAACACAAAUAUUUUUUGCAACACAAAUCACGAAGCUUAAGGCCAUGUUAUACGAGGCAAUUUUUGCCGCAACAUCUUGCUUAUCUCUAAUUCCUGAACUUGUAAUGGGAGUGCAUUUAAAUAGGAAAGGACAAAAUCUUAGUUAAAACAAAGCCCAUGUGAAAUUAUAAAUUAUCAUUCUAUUUUUCCCGUGAAGUUGAACAGAAACCAUGUCACAGACAUCUAAAGCGUGUGGAAUCCUUUAUGUUUCCUUCCAAGUUUCGUCCUUUUAUCCCUCUGUGCGACUCGAAUGGAUAUUACCUUCCACUGCAAUGUCACCAGUCCAGCCGUUACUGCUGGUGCGUGGACAAGAAUGGUAAUAUGAAACCUGGUACUAGAACCAAGGGAGCGAUAAAUUGUGGUAAGUUUUAGCAAUCUCGAACCCUGAGCCUGCAAUCCUCUGUGGAGGCUUGCUCAGAGGAUUGCAGGCUCGGGGUUUGAGAUUGAAGUUUUAGUUGUAGGAAUACGUUAAAAUAAAAUCAUCUUUACGUAGCAAACCUAUAUUCAAUUUCUGUUUAACUGCUUAUUUAUUUUGUUGUUCUUUAUUUUGUUACAGAUAUGAAUUAGUUAGUUAAUAAAUGGACAACUUGCAUGUUAGACUAAAUUUUAAUCUAAGUAAAGAGAAGGGAAUCAAACACCACAGCUAAAAAGGACAUAGUGAAAUUAGUAAAAUUGCAAAAUUUGGUUGCGAAAUGUUGUAAAAUGAGGAAAAUAUAGCCUUGCAAAGUUUUCAAAUUUUGUAUAUGUUUGUAUUAUGUGCGGAAAUUGUUACCAUUUUCGGCUCAAAAAUGGUAACAAUUUCCGCCCGUUAUACAAAUAUAUACAAAAUAUGCAAACUUUGCAAGGCUAUAUUUUCUGUAUUUUACAACAUUUCGUAACCAAAUUUUGCUAUUUUACUAAUUUUAAUAAGUUCUUUACGGGAAUUUACUUUUUUAUGCCUAGAUAAAAAAUUAGUCUAACAUGCAAGUUGUCUAUUGGAGGAGUAAUUAGCCUUUCUCACGCCAUGCGACCACAUCGAUCUUGUCCCAACCUCGUACCCAGGCUAUUUUCUCUCACACUCUGGUAACAUGGGUACUAGGAUGGACUUUUCCGCCAAUUGUGAGUUACCAGGUAAAUCGCACAGCGACACUGAAAGGACGACAACAAGCGAAGGAGUGGAAUUAGUGAAGUAACUAGUAUUUAGAAACAAUAGUGCUAUGUUUUUACUUCACUAUAUCCACACCUUUGCCUUUUGCCCUCUACGAUCCCCGUACAGUUUGCCACCGAAAAAUGGCGGACAAGACCUGUUUGCAUGUUUAAUUAAUAGUUAGUGAUAUAAUCAAUUUUUUAUAGGAAUGAAAGCCUUGAAAAAGCCUUGUGAAAGUCAUCGUUUACGUUCCCUUAAACACCAAGCAAACAGCUUUAGAUCAGUGUUUAUACCUAAGUGUGGUGAUGAUGGUUAUUACGCUCCAAUGCAGUGUACUGUGAAGAAUAAAUAUUGCUGGUGUGUUGACAAAGAUGGAAAUAAGAAAAAAGGAAGCCGUACAAAGGGACUUGCAGAUUGCUCAGGACAAAAACCAAAAGACAAAGGUAAUUAG